AUGGCAAAUACAGGCUUAUUGCCGUUUGUUCGCGGCGUGGACUUUACCUGUAAUGAUUUCAGUGAUGAUAAAUUCCCGGAUGCUAUUCGGUACAUGACUGGCCUCCAGUGGCUACGGCUCGACAAGACUAACCUGACAGAUAUCCCUGAGGAGUUAGGCAAGUUAAUGAAAUUGGAGAAUUUAUCACUGAAGAAGAACAGUUUAGAGAAAUUAUUUGGUGAGUUGACCGAGUUGAAAUGUCUGAGGUCCCUAAAUGUGAGGCACAACAAUGUGAAGAGUUCAGGGAUCCCGGCUGAGCUGUUCAGGUUGGAAGAGCUCACCACCUUGGAUCUAUCACAUAACAGGUUGAAGGAAGUUCCUGAAGGAUUAGAGAAAGCCAAAUCUUUACUAGUUUUAAAUCUCAGUCAUAAUAAAAUUGAGAGCAUCCCACCAACAUUAUUUGUGCAACUGACUGACUUAUUGUUUCUGGACCUGUCCCACAAUCUGCUGGAGACUUUGCCCCCUCAGACCAGAAGGCUAGCUAACUUGCAGACACUUGUACUUAAUGACAAUCCACUUGGAGUUUUUCAGCUGAGACAACUGCCCUCUCUUCAAAGCUUAGAAGUACUUCACAUGCGCAAUACACAGAGGACUCUUGCUAACCUGCCGUCAUCUCUGGACACCCUCUCCAACCUGUCUGAUGUGGACUUAUCAAAGAAUGCCCUGACCAAAGUACCUGAUGCCCUAUACUCAUUGCUGAGCCUCAAGAGACUGAACCUUAGUGACAAUGAAAUCACUGAAGUGUCUUCAGCUAUGGACAACUGGCAAAAACUGGAGAGUUUGAACUUAUCACGAAACAACCUGACUGUGCUGCCAGCUUCCCUGUGCAAGCUACAGAACCUAAGGAGGUUGCAUGUGGAUGACAAUAAGCUGGACUUUGAAGGUAUACCUUCGGGUAUUGGGAAGCUGGGCAGCCUCGAGGUGUUCUCAGCUGCUAACAACUUGUUGGAGAUGAUACCUGAAGGGCUCUGCAGAUGUGGAUCUCUCAAGAAACUGAAUCUAAGUUGCAAUAAACUUAUUACUUUACCCGACGCCAUCCACCUACUGAGUGACUUAGAAAGUCUGCAACUACAUGGAAACCCUGACCUGGUGAUGCCACCGAAGCCAGUGGAACGACCGAGAGGCGCUGGUCUCCAGUACUAUAACAUUGACUUCUCUCUGCAAGCUCAACUACAGCUGGCCGGCGCUGCUUCCAAUGAACCUACUACGCCCAGCAGUGUAAAAUCCGACCCUAUCGCGCGUAAAAUGCGCUUACGCCGUGGUCGAGCUGAGCCGGAACAACGUGACUCCGCGCUCAUCCUCAAGGGCAUGCAGGAACAGGCCAAUACUCAACAUAACGACCAGAGACUUGAGCAGAAGAACUCUGAACUUAAGCCGAAGCGAUGGGACGAGAGCUUGGAGAAACCUCCGCUAGACUACUCGGAGUUCUUUGAUGAAGAUACGGGACAGACGCCCGGCCUCACUGUCUGGGAGAUUGAGAACUUCAUACCUGCGCCUGUUGAUGAGGUGGCACACGGUAAAUUUUUCGAAGGUGAUUGCUACAUAGUGUUGAAGACUGCCAUCGAGGAGCAAGGCCAGCUCUCCUGGGACAUACACUUCUGGAUCGGUUCUAAAGCGACUCUGGACAAGGCGGCGUGCGCGGCGAUGCACGCGGUGAACCUGCGCAACCUGCUGGGCGCGCGCCGCACGCAGCGCCACGAGCAGGCCGACGAGACGCCCGACUUCCUCGCUCUCUUCCCCACGCCGCCCGUCUACAUACAGGGCAGCCACACUCCCUCCGGCUUCUUCACUGUUGAUGACCCGCAUUACGUGACCCGCCUGUACCGAGUGCACGGCGCGGGCAACAGUAUCCACCUGGAGCCAGUGCCCGUGCAGGCUGACUCACUCGACCCUCGCUAUGUCUUCGUACUCGAUACGGGACUCGUUAUAUACUUAUGGUACGGGAAAAAAGCAAAGAACACCUUGAAAUCCAAGGCCCGUUUAUUUGCUGAGAAGAUAAAUAAAGAAGAGAGGAAGAACAAGGCUGAAUUGAUCGCUGAACCGCCCGGUAAAGAGCCGGCCAGCUUCUGGGAGACACUCGGAUAUGAAGGCGACCUGCCCUAUGUACCACAGGAGCAUGUAUCAGCAGACUUCACGUGGGCGGGCGCUCGUCUAUACCGCGUGGAGCUGGGCAUGGGGUACCUGGAACUGCCACAACCGGAGAGCUCGCCCCUCGCACGUGGUAUACUACUCACUAGGAACGUCUACAUACUCGACGCACAUGUCGAUGUAUUCGUAUGGUUCGGCAAGAAGUCGUCUCGUCUAGUACGCGCAGCGGCGGUCAAAUUAGCACAAGAGUUAUUCAACAUGGUGGCCCGUCCUCCGCACGCACUCGUCACACGACUGCAAGAGGGAACUGAGACACAGGUGUUCAAGACGUACUUCCUGGGUUGGGAGGAGGUGAUAGCAGUGGACUUCACUCGUACCGCGGAGUCAGUCGCGAGGACUGGUGCCGACCUCGCUAGCUGGGCCAAACAACAAGAGACUAAAGCGGACCUCUCAGCAUUAUUCACUCCUCGGCAACCAGCGAUGGGGGCUGCAGAGGCUAAGACUCUAGCAGACGAGUGGAACGAGGACCUGGAGGCCAUGGAAGCAUUCGUCCUGGAGGGAAGACACUUCGUGCGACUGCCUGACAACGAGCUCGGAGUCUUCCACAGCUGUGACUGCUACGUCUUCCUCUGCAGAUAUGUGUUGCCUGCUGAGCCGGAAGACGAGACUGACGCGACGAAUCCAUGUGAGGACGACUCGGAAUCUGAAGCGGCGACGUGGGUGGUGUACUUCUGGCAAGGACGUCGCGCUCCCAACAUGGGCUGGCUCACCUUCACCUUCGGACUGGAGCGCAAGUUCAAACAACUCUGCAAGAGGCUCGACGUCGUCAGAACUCACCAACAACAGGAGAGUCUCAAGUUCAUGGCUCACUUCCAUAGGCGGUUCAUCAUUAAAGAUGGCAAGAGGAAUCAGAAGCCGGAGAGCGGUCGCCAGCCGGUAGAACUAUACGAGCUGCGAAGCAAUGGAUCGGCGCUGUGCACGCGACUCGUACAAGUCAAGGCAGACGCUUCACAGCUCAACAGUGCUUUCUGCUACAUCCUAAACGUGCCGCUAGAGGGCGCUAACGACACGUCCUCGGCCAUCGUGUACGCGUGGAUAGGCAGCAAGAGUGACGCAGACUCCGCGCGACUCAUCGAACAAAUUGCUGAGGAGAAGUUCAAUAACCCUUGGGUUAGCUUGCAGGUGAUAACAGAGGGCAGCGAGCCUGACAAUUUCUUCUGGGUGGGUAUCGGCGGCCGCAAGCCGUAUGACACGGACGCAGACUAUCUCAACUACACCAGACUGUUCCGAUGCUCCAACGAGAAGGGAUAUUUCACUGUGUCUGAAAAAUGUACCGAUUUCUGUCAGGAUGAUCUGGCUGACGACGAUAUAAUGAUAUUGGAUAACGGCGACCAAGUGUUCCUAUGGCUUGGUGCCAAGUGCUCAGAAGUCGAGAUAAAAUUGGCGUACAAAUCUGCACAGGUCUACAUCCAACACAUGAAAUCUAUGCAACCGGACAAGCCACGCAAGUUGUUCCUGACUCUCAAGAAUAAAGAAUCGCGGCGGUUCACCAAGUGCUUCCAUGGAUGGGGAGAACACAAGAGACCUCCUGAAUAA